GAAAGAUGGCGGCGGCUGCGGUUUGAAUUCCAGCGGCGCCGCCGGAGUCCCAACAAGAGCUGGGUUAGAGGGGGCGGGGACCUGGGAGCCAGGCGGAUCGCGACAAGCCAGCGGAACCAGUGGCGCCUUCGCCACAGAUACCAAUGCCUCUGUGUCCAUGAUGGACUCCGUGUUGGAAGAGGACGUCACCCUCCCCGGGACGCUCAGCGGCUGCAGUGACCUUGCUCCUGCUUGCCCAGAUGACCUGGAUGGCAUCAAUACCUGUGUUGGAUUGGAAAAUGGAGAGCUCCCACAAGUGUCAGAAGAAAAGGUGUCUCCCACCAGAGUACGGAACAUGAAGGACUUUGAGAAUCAAAUCACUGAGUUGAAGAAAGAAAACUUUAACCUGAAGCUCCGUAUCUAUUUCCUUGAGGAGAGGCUGCAACAGGAACUUGAUGGCCCCACUGAACACGUCUACAAAACUAACAUCGAGCUCAAGGUGGAAGUAGAAAGUCUGAAGCGGGAGCUGCAGGAGAGAGAGCAGCUGCUCAUCAAAGCCUCCAAAGCAGUUGAGAGCUUAGCUGAAGGUGGUGGCUCUGAAAUUCAGCGGGUGAAAGAAGAUGCUCAGAAGAAGGUGCAGCAGGUGGAAGAUCUCCUAACCAAGAGGAUACUCCUUCUGGAAGGGGAUGUGAAAGCCGCCCAAGCAGAACUGGAAAAGGCCUUUGCAGGAACAGAAACGGAGAAGGCUCUUCGGCUGAGUUUGGAAAGCAAGCUUUCAGAGAUGAAGAAGAUGCACAAGGGGGACUUGGAGAUGGUCCUGGUUCUGGAAGAGAAGGACAGACUGAUUGAGGAGUUGAAGCUGUCUUUGAAGAGCAGAGAAGCUUUAAUUCAGUGCCUUGAAGAGGAGAAAUCUCAGACGGCAUGUCUUGAUGAGAAUGUGUCAUCUGGAGAGCUCCGAAGACACUCUGCUGCUCUGAGGGAGGAAAAGGAGAGAGAUGCUGAGGCUGCACAAAUGGAGCAUCAGAAGGAGAGAAGUCAUUUUGAAGAAAUGAUCCAGGCACUUCAGAAGGACCUGAGAGAAAAGGAAAGAGAAAUUGCUACAGAGAAGAAAAAUAGUUUAAAGAGGGAUAAAGCCAUUCAGGGCCUAACCAUGGCAUUAAAAUCAAAGGAAAAAGAGGUUGAAGAACUUAACUCUGAAAUCAAAGAGCUCAGUGCUACCUUUGCUGAGGCCAAAGAGGCCCUGCAGAAAACACAGGAAGCACAGAUCCUGAAAUGCCAGGGCUCUGAAGGCUCCCAGGCUGCUCUGACAGAAAAGGAAGCCCUCUUGGCCGAGCUGCGCUCAGAAAACCUUACUAAGAGUUCGGAGAACCACAGACUGCGGAGGAGCAUUAAGAAGGUCACUCAGGAGCUCAGUGACCUGCAGCAGGAGAAGGCGAGACUGGAGAGGGACCUGGAGGAAGCCCGCUGCGAGGGGAGCAGGGGAGCCCGCACCAUCCAGGACCUGAGAAAUGAAGUUGAAAAAUUAUGCAAUGAAGUCAAUGAAAGAGAGAAAGCAGUGGAGAAUUGCUACAAGAGUCUUUUAAGUGAAAGCAAUAACAAAUUGCGUGGUCAAGAGCAAGUAAUCAGACAUCUGAUAGAAAGUGCCAGUCAAAAGAAAUUCAAUGAAAAAGAUUUGGAAGCAGUACAGCAGAACCGGUAUUUAAUGACUGCCGAGGAUCUUGAGUUCAGGAGYGAAGGCUUAAUAACAGAAAAGUGCUCUUCUCAACAGUCACCAGGCAGCAAGCUCAUCUUCUCUCAGGAAAAGGAACAGUCAGACUAUGAAAAGCUGAUACAGGUCUUACAGCAGGAGCAGGACAUCUAUGCCCAGCUGGUGAGGUCUCUGCAGGACUCAGACAGUAUGGACACCGUGCAGGCAGAGUUGAACAACAUUUUUGCCCUGCGGAAGCAACUGGAACGGGAUGUGCUUACGUAUYGGAAUUUGCAAAAGAGCCUGGCGGAGCAGAUCAGCGAAAUUCGGAGGCGGGAAGAAGAACCRUUUUCAUUUUAUAGUGAUCAAACGUCUUAUCUAAGUAUUUGCCUUGAAGAAAACAGUCAGUUUCAAGUGGAGCAUUUUUCUCAAGAAGAACUUAAGAAAAAGGUCAGCGAACUUAUACAGCUGGUGAAGGAACUCUACACAGACAACCAGCGCCUGAAGAAAACCUUUUUUGAUCUCUCCUAUGAGGGUUUCCAGGGAAAUGGCAGACUUGAGUCAACAGAACAAAGAGAGCUUCUAGCUAGCAAGGAGGAUGAGGACACGAUCAAAAUUGGAGAGGAUGACGAGAAUAAUUUCCAGAAUGACCAGCAUUUGGAGCAGAGUAAUGAGAUCACUGAGGACUAUGCCAAAUUAGGCAACAAAAAUGGAUAUUUAAGACACACGGAUUCCAAUAUUUUAGACUACGAAGGAGCCCACAAGCCUGGCUGCCCCGGAGACCAGAGCCAGGAAGCAGGGGAGCUCUUGGGUCUGCUUGCCCCUUUCUUGCACGAGAAGGCUGCAUUGUCACUGGAAUCCAGAAACAGGCCAGACCUUCUGAAAAUGCUAGGUGACUUGCUUUUGGAACGAAUAUGCUUGGCAGAGCAGGAAGUUUCUGGAAAACACCUUGAUGGUAAAACUGAGAAGACACUUCAGCAAAUGGCCAUUCAGCAAAGAGGUGAACUUGAACCUUUCGUCCAAGCCAGCUCAUUCUCCAAGCCACAUGAUGAACAGAAAUUGACUUGGGAUCAGCUGGCAAAGACAGGCGAAGUGGCCAAGGUGGAGCUCAAGGAUGCCUCAGUGCAGACUGUGGCCAAGGAGGGUGACCUGCUUGGGUUCCGACGAGGAGGAGAGAAGCCAUCUGGCACCAUAUUGAAUGCUGAGCCCCAGCCAGAGACCUGGUGCCAGCUGCCAGGGCACCAGGCCACUCCCCUCUCUGGCCCCUGUGCUAGCCACAAAGAUACUAAGAAGUCCCGCUUGCCCAUCCUCAUAAAACCAUCCCGGUCAUUAGGAAAUAUGUAUCAUCUCCCCGCCACCCAGGGGGUGAUAGCUCGGCUACAGGGCCAGAUCCUAGAGCUGCAGGGGGAGCUGAAGGAGUUUAAAACUCGCAAUAAGCAACUGCACCAGAAGUUGAUUCUGGCUGAGGCAAUGAUGGAGGGGAGGCCAAUGCCUGACCCGAUGCUGCUGAAUGUGCCUGCAGCUCAGCCCCUUGUGGGACCAGCCUACCAGCAGAGCCCAGGAGAACAGAUGGGAACCACUGCCAUGCCCUCUGCUCACAAAGACAGGGAGGUGGACGACAACCAGCAGACAAGCCUCAGGACGGAUCCUGAAAUUUGUCUGUCUGAUGAUGUUCCCAUAUUACCAGCAUGCAAGGAGAAUUCUGAAGAUUUUCUGGGCCCAGCGUCAGUAGCUACUCACUUGAGUUCUAAGAGUCAGCUUUCUGUUAAAGGCAACAUGACUGAGACUGACCAAUCUGAGAACAUCAGUACCUCAAAUGAUGUGGAAAACUUAAAACAGAAAAUCUGUGACUUGGAAGCUGAGCUGGCGGGCUACCGGGAUUUCAUAUUUCAGCUUCAAAAACACUCCCAGUGCAGUGAGGCCAUUAUUACAGUUUUGUGUGGGACAGAAGGGGCCCCAGAUGGGUUGAAUAAGCCCAAGGGCAGUACUGAUGAAGAAGAAAUGACCUUUUCCAGUUUGCACCAAGUGCGAUAUGUGAAGCACAUGAAAAUCCUCCAUCCUCUGGCCCCAGAGAUGAUUGAUGGCAGGAUGCUAGAGGGCCUCAAGCAGCAGCUGCUGGACCAGGAGGAUGAGUUGCAGAAGGAGCAGAAUUUGAACUUGGAACUCUUCAGUGAAAUCCACAACCUACAGAAUAAGUUCAGAGAGAUCUCACCCUCGAGAUACGAUUCAUUAGUUCAGUCCCAAGCCAGGGAGCUGUCCCUUCAGCGGCAGCAGAUUAAGGACAGCCACGGCAUCUGUGUCAUGUACCAUCAACAUGUGAACACCAUGAUCAAGGCGUUCGAGGAGUUGCUGCAGGCCAGCGACGUGGAUCACUGUGUGGCCGAGGGCUUCCAGGAGCAGCUGAAUCAGUGUGCAGAGCUCCUAGACAGACUGGAAACUCUGUUUCUCAAUGGAAAAUCAUCUGGAGUGGAGCUGAGUCCCCAGAAUGAGCCGAUGGAGAGGACUGAGGAACACAACGUGGACUACCAGCGUCUUCUACCCGAAUCUCCCGGGCCUUUCUCCUCUCAUGUGCUGUCUGAUGAUGAAAUAUCCGAGAAGUCCUUCCUCUCCCGAGAACAGAAGCAAGACAGCGUGUCCGGGCAGACUUCAGUCAUGGCAGACCAUUUUUCUCAAGACUUACUAAUGGAACACAUACAGGAAAUUCGAACUUUGAGAAAACGUUUAGAAGAAUCUAUUAAAACAAAUGAGAAGCUGCGGAAACAGUUGGAACGGCAAGGGUCUGAGUUUGAUCAAGGGGCUACAAACAUUUUGGCUUAUGGUUCAGAGCUGCACAAUUCUCUCACCUCAGAGAUUAAUUUCCUGAGGAAGCAGAACCAGACGCUCAAUGYGAUGCUCCUGAAGGGGUCUCAAGAUAAACAGAAAGAGAAUGAAAAAUUACGAGAGUCCCUCUCCGGGAACGUGGCGAGCCUGGAGCGCCUGCAGCAGGAGCAUGCCUCUGUGCGGGGAGAAAACGAGAGGCUGCGGAAGGAAGUCGGCGAGAGGGACAGGCUCAACCAGCAGCUGAGCCAGGAGCUGGACAGGGCACAGAAGGAGGUGAAGUGGAGGCAGCAGCUGCUCUCACAGAACCACAAGUUGCUCCAGUCUCUCCGCGUGGAGCUGAAGGUGUAUGUGAGGCUGGACGAGGAGCACCAGAGGCUACGGCAAGAGACUGGAGCAGAGGCACCAGAAGGCUGGAAGGGGCAGGAGCUUCUCAGUGACCUGCACGACCUCCUGACGGAGAUCCAGGCUCUGCGGGCACAGUUGGAAGGGGGCAUCAAAACCAAUAGCACCUUACAGAGCAAGCUGGAGGAGCAGCUGGCACAGGGGGAGAAGAAGGCCCAGGAAGGAGACCUCAGUCUGGCUGUCCAAGCCCCGGGUGUCCCCGAUUGGACCCUACAGCUAGACAAACACGAUGAUAACAAAUGUCCCCUGGCAAGCAGUAAUUCCUCUGACCUUGAGUCCACCCGGGCUGUGAUGCCAAAGUCAGCUUCAGAGACUCCUCCACUCUCUGGAAAUGACAUAGACUCCUUCUCCUGCAUCAGUGGCAGCUCUGUAACCAGCACCCCUUGCCUGCCCCGCAUGGCUGCUCGCCUGUGGGCCAGCAGGAGUGGCCGCCACAUCCUGGGCCUGAUCGAGGACUAUGAUGCAUUGUGUGAGCAGAUCCACCAGGGACAGAGGCUCCUUGCUGAGAUGGACAUGCAAACCCAAGAGGCUUCCAGCCCCAUGGGUCAAGAGCUGAGGACAAAGGGUCUGCACUUGGUGCCCCUGAGCAAGUUUGUCUCCAGCGUGAGCACGGCCAGGCUGAUCCUAGAAGAGGCCUCGAGGUUGCUGAAGCUCCUUUGGAGAGUCUCACUCCCCACAGAUGGCCAGUGUACCCUUCACUGUGGGCAGAUUGAAGAAAUGAAAGCAGAGAUCACUAAACUACAGAACAAAUUGUUUGAACAAGAAAAGAAGUUGCAGAACAGCAUGAGGCUUUUGCAGCAGAGCAAGCACCAGGAAAAAGUCAUCUUUGACCAGUUGCUUGUAACCCACAAGGUCCUUCGGAAGGCCAGAGGAAACCUAGAGCUGAGGCCCGGGGGUGCCCAUCCAGGAACAGCCAGUCCCAACAGACCUGGCUCCUGAGGACUUGAAGCUAAUAAAGCUUGUGGCCCCGAGAUCACGCGUCUCUGUUCCAGCUGAGGCUUCUGGUGGCUGAGGGAGAAAGGGGAGAAAUGGCUGCCUGGCCCAAGGAAGUCUCUUUCCCUCCGUGUUCUCCAUCCACAAGUGGCUCAUGGUUGUGGCCACAGAGGUUCAGGUGCUCUGCGGUGAGGCGUGGAAAGGCCUUGAGCUCUGGGAGGCUGCCGUGGGUCUGGGGCAGGGAUGGCUGGUGUG